UGCUGAGCCUCAUCCAUCUUCAGUCCUUCUCUCUCUCCUCUCGUUGGAUCACUGGUCGUUGUCCUUUGCGACCAUCCAAGCAAGGGUCCAAGUGUCGCCGCAAUGGCGUCGCUCGACAAGAUGGCCGUGCGCGGCAUCAGGUCCUUUGACGACAAGUCGAUCCACAUGAUCCAGUUCUUCAGUCCCCUGACAGUCAUCGUCGGCUACAAUGGGAGUGGAAAGACGACCAUUAUCGAGUGUCUCAAGUACGCAACGACAGGUGACCUUCCUCCCAACACAAAGGGAGGCGCAUUUGUCCAUGAUCCCAACAUGGCGACUUCUCACGAAGUCAAGGCGCAGGUUCGUCUCCGCUUCUACAACACCAACAAGGUCCGCAUCAAUUGUGUGCGCAACCUGCAAGUCACAAAGAAGCGCGCAGGCGGGCUGACGAUGAAGACGCUCGAGUCGCUCCUCCAAGUCGACGACGAGAACAAGCCAAGGAACAAAGUGAGCUUGCUGCAUGAUCCCAGCUCUUGUGACUAGUCUACUGACAUUCUAUCUAGCGGACCACCCUGUCGACGAAGUGCGCCGAGCUCGACGAGGAGAUCCCCCGUCUCCUUGGCGUGUCCAAGGCCAUUCUUGAAAACGUCAUCUUCUGCCAUCAGGAGGAGAGCAAUUGGCCACUUUCUGAGCCUGCCA